GUCUCACCUGACUUCUGUCGCCUUUCAAACAGAUUUACCUCUAGGGGAGAAUGUGACUCAAAUACCUGGUACAGUGAUGGAUGUGAUGGAUGUGAUGGAGAUCUGGCAGCGAUGUCUAGGUGCAGUGGAAGGUGGAUACUGAUGAUGUAAUCACCAAAGAUGAACAAAUAUUCCUGCUGGCACAAGCAAUGCGUCGCUGUCAGGCUGAGAUCAUGGCUCACAAAUCCAAAUGGAAACAGCAGCCUUCAAAUGGAUCCGUCUGCCCUCCACAGUGGGAUGGUAUAAUAUGUUGGCCACUGGUAUCACAAAAUCAGCUGGUAUCUGUUCCCUGCCCAGACUACAUCUACGACUUUAAUCACCAAGGAUUUGCCCAUCGGAAAUGUGGAUCAGUGGGCACAUGGCUUCAAGUGCCUGGAGCCAACAGGACCUGGGCCAAUUACAGUGAGUGUGUCACCUUGGUCAGCCCAGGGGACAGCAUCCAGAAAAAGGAGGUGUUUGAACGGCUGCGGCUGAUCUAUACUGUUGGAUAUUCUAUUUCUUUGGCAACGCUCCUUAUUUCUCUCGGCAUCCUCUGUUACUUCAAACGGCUGCACUGUACCCGCAAUUACAUCCAUAUCCACCUCUUCACAUCCUUCAUUUGCCGGGCUGGAAGCAUAUUUCUUAAAGAUGCUGUACUGUAUUCAAGAGAGGAUGAAGUAAUUCAAGAUGAGGCAGGGGCCAUUGGGGCUUCAAGAGUAACAGAGUUCCACUGGGCUGGAUGUAAAGUGGCUGUCACCUUGUUCCUUUAUUUUCUGGCCACCAAUCACUUCUGGAUCCUUGUAGAAGGCCUCUACCUACACAGUCUCAUCUUCAUGGCGUACCUGUCUGAUCGUAGCUACUUCUGGGCACUGACCAUCAUUGGAUGGGGACUCCCAGCAGUAUUUGUGUCUGUGUGGGCGAGCGUACGGGUGUCUCUAGCAGAUACACAGUGCUGGGACCUCAGUGCUGGUCAUAUGAAGUGGAUAUAUCAGACGCCAAUUCUGGCAGCCACAUUGGUCAAUUUCAUCUUAUUCCUGAACAUCGUCAGGGUUCUGGCCUCCAAACUAUGGGAAACCAACACAGGAAAGUUAGACCCUCGACAGCAAUAUGGGAAACUCCUCAAGUCGACACUAGUCCUGAUGCCUCUCUUUGGUGUGCAUUAUGUCAUUUUCAUGGCAAUUCCUUAUACAGAGGUGACGGGGAUGCUAUGGCAGAUACAGAUGCAUUACGAGAUGUUUUUUAACUCUUCUCAGGGAUUCUUUGUGGCCAUUAUCUACUGUUUCUGCAAUGGAGAGGUGCAGGCAGAAGUACGGAAGUUCUGGCUCCGUCGGAGCUUAUCUCUGGAUCUCAAGCACAAGUCCCGCCUGACAAGUACAGGAGGCAGUUGUCACUAUGGAGGGGUUUUGUCCCAUACCACAAACAGCGUCUGUCUAAGUAUGGCAGCCAGAAGCAAGCACAUACCGGCAACAGUGCAGUCUGCCUCCUACCUGCCGGGAUACUUCUCAAGUAUAUCCCCUUCUGACAACAACCCACUGCAAGGGGGUACUGAACAGACUUGUGGACUAUCCCAGGUAUACAUUCAAUAAUUGUGUUGUGCCUAUAAAGAGAGGGUGGCACCUAAAGUUUUAUGACCAAGAAGAUCUUAUGGAAGGCAAGGUGCUCUUAUCAAUGUUAUUGUACUGAAUGUUGCUUUUUGCAUCUCUUAGAUUUCAGUAUGGACAGGGUUUUGAUUUAGGGCUCUUCCAAUAUCCGGGCUUCGGCAUUUGAGAAGGACAAAAUAAAACACAAAUUGACUUUUAAAUUAAAGGGAAUAUCCCAAGAUUAAAUGUCAUUGCCUAUCCAACAGAUUGAGAACAACUAGCUAAACCAUCAAUGAUGGUAAAAACAAACGAACUGUCCCCCCGACUAAAUGGAGUGCAUACUCAGCCACUGCUCCAUUCACUGUCUAUAGGACUCUAGAACAAGGCCAACACUAAAUAGAGUGGCGAAUGUGCAUGAGUGCUGCAGCUCCAUUUACUUAGUGGCAAUUGACCUCUAUUCUUGAGGUUUGUGGCGAUCCCAGAGGUCAGAUCACACAGACCAACUAGUUAUAUCCUAUCUUGUGGAGAGGGAAUAACUUUAAAUCUUAGGAUAAAUUCCUUAAAGGGGUACUCCGCCCCUAGACAUGUUAUCCCCUAUCCAAAUGCCUGGUCACUGGGGACCCAGCUACUGGGACCCCCUGCAAUCUCUGUGCCGGCGAUGCAGCGUUACAGCCACGGAAGCCCAUCCGACAUGUAGCAGAGUUUGCUCUGUGCAAUGGAUGACUGGGGUGCCACAGCAAAGGGUGCAGGGGGGGGUUGGGGCAGUGGCCGGAACCCCGUGAUCAGAUAUGUUAUCCCCUAACUUUGGAUAGGGGAUAACAUGUCUAGUGGCGGAGUACCCCUUUAACUAGUCUUCACCUAAUGCAACCAUGUCGAAGAUAGCAAAAAAUUUAUAAAUACAUGUAUGUAAUGUUUCUACAAGGUUUCCACUCAGUAUUUUUUGGGCUGGGAACAGGUGAAAUUGACCAAAAACUAAAUAAUUGUGAAAAAUAAGGACCAAAAACUGAGUGGGAACAUAGCCUUAGGCUGCCUUCUGUUGGGCUACACUAGCAAAAAUGGAUAACUCAUUAUCUGAUUUAGACAACCUACUAUAAAAUAGGGUGAAGGAGUUUUGUGAUAAUAGGGGGGACUGCAGACUGCUUUCCAUAAGUGUGACCGGAUGUCACAGCUACAAGUCAAUAACGUGGAUCUGGAGGGACAAAAACGGCAGAGCUUCCUCAUGGAACAAGUAUCGUCUGAUACAUAAUAUGUGUGUCGAGCAGAUGGUGUGUAGUGAGUGUAGUUAUACCACUCACCUUGCUUAGUUGUGUAUAAUGACACAACUGCAAUUGCGCUUAGACAGUCAGAUAGGUGAUGCAGCCUCCUGGUUCCGGGUCUUGGAAUGCUCCAGGCCGGUCAGUGGAAUGGUAGGUUUAGGGAUAAAAAUACCAGG